CGAAUUAAGAAAAAGGUAGAUUACUUAAAAGGAGGUGUUGUGUUGGUUAGGGAAGACGUUGGCAUCAGUCGCCGGUAGAGAGGUGCUCUUCAGCUUUCUUCUUGUUCCCACAUACCCAUCUUCCCCAACCUUUGGCCAAGAAAAACAAUCUUUAGGGUUUUAAAUUUCGAUAUUUAUAUAGUAUGCAAACGCACCAAAAAUAUUCGCGUACGUUAUUGAUAUAGCAUCUGUGUGUUUUUUGUGGGUACUAUUAUCUCCUUGUUCUUGUAUCGGUUUGGAUCGGUAAAGUUAGUUAAAAAAAAAGAAGAAGUAAUUAGCUAGAUCGGCGUAAAGAAGAAAAGGAUCGAUCAUGUGCAGUCGAGGCCAUUGGAGACCAGCGGAAGACGAGAAGCUGAAGGAUCUGGUCGAACAAUACGGUCCUCAUAAUUGGAACGCCAUAGCCCUCAAGCUCCCUGGUCGAUCUGGUAAGAGUUGUAGAUUGAGAUGGUUUAAUCAAUUGGAUCCGAGGAUAAACCGAAACCCUUUCACGGAAGAAGAAGAAGAAAGACUUUUAGCGGCUCACCGGAUCCAUGGGAACAGAUGGUCGAUCAUUGCAAGGCUCUUCCCCGGAAGAACCGACAACGCCGUCAAGAACCAUUGGCACGUCAUCAUGGCUCGUCGCACACGCCAAACCUCCAAGCCUCGUCUUCUACCCUCCACGACUUCUUCUUCCUCUCUGAUGGCGAGUGAACAAAUCAUGAUGAGUUCUGGUGGUUAUCAUAUUAAUAAUAACUCCCGUGAUCCCAAGAGUGUACUCGGAGACGUUAUCAAAUUCCCUUACCAAUUCUCUCAUAUCAAUCAUCUUCAGUUCCUUAAGGAGUUUUUCACUGGCAAGAUCGCUUUAAAUGCCAAAGAUGGGAUCGCAGCAAACCAGAGUAAACCAAUGGAGUUUUAUAAUUUUUUACAAGUAAACACGGAUUCAUCAAACAAGAGCGAGAUAAUUGAUCAAGAUUCAGAUCAAAGCAACCCCAAUGACUCGGACAACAAUAACGAAAGUCGUGUUCCCUUCUUCGACUUUUUGUCUGUUGGAAACUCUGCCUCUUAGGAUUAGCAUCUUUCGCAGAACACCGUACGUACAUUUCUAGCUUGACUAUUUAGUCCGUACAAGUACGAGACUCUAGCUAGAUCGUUAACAUGUAUGUUUGAUGUGUAAAAUUAGUGAGCACUUGUCUGAUAAAUAUGCGAGAAAAGAGACCUACUAUGUUAAUAUAUGUACAUGUACCCAUCAAACUUAAUUAUCAGUAUGUUCGAUACAAUUUGUUUA